UGGGAGGCUCUGGCCUGCAGAGGAGCAUUUAUUCCCAGUCCCAGCAGCAGUACCAUUACCCAGCCUCCUCCCAGGGCGGCUGCAUGGAGAUCCAGGAGCUGGCCUCCAAGAGGGUGGACAUCCAGAAAAAACGCUUUUACCUGGAUGUGAAGCAGAGCUCCCGAGGCCGCUUCCUGAAGAUCGCCGAGGUCUGGAUAGGAAGAGGCCGGCAGGACAAUAUCAGGAAAAGCAAGCUGACCCUCUCCUUGUCCGUGGCCGCCGAGCUGAAGGACUGCCUGGGGGACUUCAUCGAGCACUACGCCCACCUGGGCCUGAAAGGCGGCCACGGUCACCGGCACGAGCACAGCAAUGACAAAGAGCAGCAUCCCCGGAGGCGACAGCAGCACCCGCCGCCUUCGCCCCCGGCGUCAGUCGGCUCCGAAGAACACCCUCACAGCGUCCUCAAAACGGAGUACAUCGAGAGGGACAACAGAAAGUAUUACCUGGACCUGAAGGAGAACCAGCGAGGGCGCUUCUUGCGGAUUAGGCAAACCAUGAGCAGGGGACCUGGCAUGAUGGGUUAUUUUGGCCACAGCUUGGGACAGGAGCAGACGAUCGUCCUUCCGGCGCAAGGGAUGAUUGAGUUCAGGGAUGCUUUGGUCCAGCUGAUCGAAGAAUACGGCGAGGGGGACAUAGAGGAUCGGCGAGGGGGAGGCGAUGAGCCCCCGGAGCUCCCCGAGGGCACCUCCUUCCGAGUGGACAACAAGCGCUUCUACUUCGACGUGGGAUCCAACAGGUACGGCAUUUUCCUGAAGGCAACCCACAGCCUCACAAGGUUUCGAGAGCAGCCCACGGUUUUUGAAAGCUUCUUGCCGUUUCCGAGAUGAUCCAAGAACGGGAAGGGACUGCAACUCCAAACCUGGCAAAGAUGCAGUUGCUUUUGCUGGCUAAGCUAUAAAGGAGAAGAUGUCCCCCCGCAAUGUAUUUCUGCAAGCACCCCAAAAGAGGAACAGAAAGUUAGAAGAGCAAGCUCUUGAGACGUGAGCCAAGAGGUAAGAGUGAAGACCGAGCCACAGCUUGGACUUUGCAGGCGGUUUUGGAGAGCAUGGCGGCUCUCUGGGGUGGACUGGUCUACCACCCUCGUUGUUUGCCUCCGAAUCUCAUCCAAACAGGCUCUGAAGGACGCUCCUGCAGAGAGAAGCAGCCUUCUCAGCUCCUCUGUGCCACAGGAGGAGAAAGAGAAAGCACCAACUGGAAGAUCCUCCCAAUUUCCUCACCUUUUCAGGCUCUCCACAAAGUGAAGUUCGUCCUCCUCCUCCGUACUGCAGCCCUCGAGCUGUUGCAAUAAGCCCUAGAGCUGCUCUCUCUGGUUGUUCAAAACCUAUGCUGACCUCUUCCUCUCGAUGAGGCUGAAGAUGCAAAAGAGAACAAGCAAAAGGCUAAGACCUGGGUAUUUUUCACUUGCCUCAGCCUAAACAGCAGCCUCCUCCGGGCUUUCAGUCUUCCAAGAGCUUCCCACCUUUCCAGCCAAGCAGUUUGUUUUCUAGAAGAAAAUCCGGUAGUUCCGUGCUCGCAAUAGCUGGAGUCCUCUUUUACUAGGGAAGGAAUUUUCUCCCUCUCCCUUGAAUUUCAUAUGACACUAAGAAGAGAGCUGUAAUAUCGGGAAAGGGGAGAUCAGAAUGGCGUGUUCCUCUGGAUAAGGUUUGAUGCAAUUUGAAGCUGCUUGCGGAAGAUUGGCUGGAAGGUAAACUGAUUUGGGCUAAAAAAGCUGGCUCUGUUAAACUGUGUUAGCAAUUCUUUAGUAGAUGGUCGAAAAUAGCUUUUCCGUGACCUCUGACCUCUAGGAAAGAUAACCACAUUUUUGAUCUUAGAUUGAAGGUGCAGUUUGUGCUGGAAGAAACUUGCGUUCUUUAGAAACCAUCUCAGGAUGGCUUUUACUGUCAAAAACAUUGCACGGGAACUUAAAGAAAACAAAGCUAAAGUCACACGUCUGAGUCAACACCAGGCGAGCGGUUGCAGAGUGUUGUCACGAACCACGCUGAAUUCGGGUCGUGUACGAGUCGAAAUCCACCUUUCUGCCUUCACGGCGACGCAAAAUUUCCGAUAAACACCUGUGUACCGCGAGAAGGGGUUGCGAUUAGACGAGCAAGGAGCUGCUGUAUUUGCAGCAUCCCGCUUUGCACCUAGGCUCGAUCCGCUGACCGUGGAGGUGUCGCCCUCCCCCACAAGCGAAGGCGGUCCUCUCCGAUCUUCCCGUGUUGUGUUUGGAUGCUGCGGCGCCCGUACAAGGUGGUAGAUGCUGAGGUGGGUGUUGAGUUGGAGAGGUGCCUUUCAAGGGCAGUACUUGGUCCCCAGCUGUUGUCUAGGACGCUGUGGCUUUUUGUGCAGUGGAAAAAAUAAUUAUUUCUGGUUGAAUUUCAAGUUAGGGGACAGUUUUCUGCCAAGCUAUUCCCCCCCACACCAUUUCAACUGUAUGUUAUUCUCUUUUUCUUUCCACUGGUCCUAUUAUGCACCGCUCAACAGCUGCUGCAUUUAAUCCCAGAAGCUGUAGUUGGUAGCGAGCAAAGUGAUCUCCAUAUAACCUCUAUCUUACUCCUAAGUGUGCAUUAUGAAGCUUAACCGACAGUAAUAAAAUGUUUUGCUUUCAACAUGCGGUCCCUGUGGUCCAAUGUUCCCGUCUUCAGGCACCGUCGUUACAGCAGGGUGAAGGAUUGGAGUUAUUCCGCCGCCCGCCAGGAACGCGUCUCGUAAUGCUGGACGCAGGCAUCAUCGGCGUCUAGCAACGCGUGCAGAUACCCAGAGAGGAGAGAUGGAGAACAUCGAGGAGAGCCCUUUUCUACGGUAGCGAGUUGGUGGUGGUGGUAUCCCCAGGUAGAAGCAGGCGCUGUGGUCGCGAGGUCCUCGUGAAUAAAAUUGUCACGUACCCGUUGCUCCCCUGGACGCGUUUGCUCUUUGAUGAAGACUGUAUCUUGAUGGUCAAGGAGAAACUGCUGCAAUGGGAGGACUUGGUGUCUUGCGUGGCUGUGACCCAAAGGUGCAGGUUCACGUCUCCAUGAGAUCAUCUUGCGGUGCAACCAUGUGCGAUGGCCUCUUCAGGGGCUACGGUGGUACCAGGAGGAACCGAAACAGAUUGCAUGCCCCUCUGCUUGGGGGUUCUUUCAUCCCUUUCACAGUGACUCUCCAAAUUCAUGGGUUUAUACAUUGGGUUUUUUCUUUCCUGCAUACAAAAAAGAACAUUUUUAUGUCAUCCUGCACGAUGGAUAUUUUUAUGCUGGGGGGGGAAAGAUGCUUCUUAUCCACGUUUAAUGCAGAAAGUCUGCAUUUUGGAAUUUCAUUUUGGUGUUUCAUUGAUGCUUUUAUUGAAAGCAUCUUUCCACGUAUCAAUAAUUUAACGGCCGUGUGAUUUUUCUUCUCUAAACCGCAAGGGUGAAUUUCAAAGCAGGGAUCUCUGAGCAUCAACGACGGGUUGCGUUAGCCCUACAGAUGGUAUUUGUUGAACGGGACGCGGUUUUCCACGCUUUAAGUUUAUAGCGUUUAGUUUCAAAGUGGAAUUUCCCAGGCAGCGCACCCCCAGAAGGGCAGCAGUACCUAUCAGAGUAUACACAGCUUUUUCAGGCAACGAUAACACAGCCUUUUUCUGGAGAUUGCCAUUUUGUAAAUAAGCUGCGUCUUGAGCAGCACGGCUAGAACUACAAAAGAUGGAUGAUUAUUUCUUCCCGCAAUCGGUUUUCCGCAGCAGGAUCUGGUUUUUGUUGAGAUAAUUAGCAUAGAAUUAAAAAUGGCCCUGCAUCUUCGGUACGCAUUACGCCUCUGAUACCGAGCGAUCUGGAAUCGCAUUUUACUGGGCAAUCACUUCAUUCGCCGCUGAAAAUCAACAUCUAAUUGUAGCACACAGAUAUCUGCAGGCUUCAACGCAGCAAAAGCCUCCGCCUCCAAAAAUAAAACGUUGCUUCUAAUAAAAUUUCCAAUCAGUUGUUUUUUUUGGAGACUGGAAAAGUUGCCAAGAAUAUUUAGGUGAAAAUCUAGCGUGCCAGCUGAAGCAGGAUUUUACACAUGCCUUCAAAAUCCAGAGCUGAGGUGAAGGUGAGGUCACGGGCUUAGCACGCAGCUUUUUCUCCCAGAAAACCUGUAAUAACUUUUCUUUUUUAAAAAUUUAACAGGGUUGCCAGUCCAGGUGGAGGCAAAAUUGCAAGGAGUCUCAGACGUGGCCAACGGUGCGUCCUUAGGACACAAACUAAAGCCGCAAAAACACAAUGCGAUGUGAAAACUUCUUUGUGAGAGCAGCGCAGGAAAUUAGUGUGCCAUUUGACGCAGUGUCCUAGCAUCAGAUUUACGAUCCACUUCCAAAUCAUCUGCCAAAAAUCCUUACAAUCGGAAGACAGGAAAGAAUAUGUUAUAAAAAGACCUGGAAAAUGAGCAAUUUUGUUACGGGAGUUUUGACGCUGCUAAGUUUUCUGUACAUACAAUGCUUGGGACCCAACAUUUGGGUCAACGCUGAGACCUCAACCGUCUCAAAGUUGAGGUCAACGGCACUUCAACCCAAUGUUAUCCCAGCGCUUCCAUGUAGGAAAUGGUGAUAGAUGCCAGUCUUGCAAGAUCAGGCUGGAAUACGGCCCUGGAAGAUGCUUCUUUGCCCAGCGGUUGCUUUUAAUCCCACGGAACUCCACCAUCAUUUACAAUAAAGCCGUGGCAUGCAAGAUGGCACACUCCUGCCCGGUAGCACUUGCUCUCCAUCGCUGAUGGACUUGCUCCUUGCUGGGUGGCAGGGUGGUGGCCACGGACAUGCGCUUGUGUGCUCGCCCCAGACCUUGCUGGCUUUGCCAACAAGACUGGAUAUAUCAUUUCAGCAAUUUUCUUGGCUGGAUUGUGGACCGAGAUGGUUGCGUUGCCCCCAUUUCCCCCACCCCGAUUACCGCCCAUCUUGCGCCGCCCUUCUCCAGCUCCCGUGUCUUUUCCAGGCUCCUUUCUUUCCAGUUGUGUGUCUGCAAAGGUGGAUGUACAUCCAUAGCCCCUGGAUGCGCGACCUUGCUUUUUUUGCUCGUUUGAAUCGUAGAAUCAUAGAAUGGUUGGGGUUGGAAGGGACCUUAAAGAUCAUCCAGUUCCAGCCCCCUGCCCUGGGCAGGGACACCUCCCACCAGACCAAACCUGGCUUAAAGCCUCAUCCAGCCUGGCCUUGAACACCUCCAGGGAUGGGGCAGCCACAACGUCCCUGGGCAACCUGUUCCAAUAAACAAAAAAUACAGGUCUUUGUGGCAGUAGUGGAAAUAAGUGACCUGGAUUUGUAACUAUUUUUUUUUUUUUUUUCCCCUGGGAUGUUACUGUUCUCUGCUUCUGAAAAACCAUCUCCCUGGUGCUUGGCUCUCUGGUUCGGAAAACACUUGCAGCUGUACCCGAAGCCUACCCAACACACCCUGCCAACUCCAGCAAGCCCAAUGCUUUUGUUUUAAAAAGAGCUUUCUCCAUAAAAAAAAAAAAAAAAAAAAAAAAAUUUGCACCCGGUUCAGAGGCACCAGAUGCUGGACACCCAGAUGUUGCCUUGUCCACCACUUGGGAGAGUUGACGGCGAUGGAUGCAGGGCUGGGGAGCCACUUACGCUACUCAGUGACCUUUUUUUUGGGGGGGUACCUACUCAAACAUAGUGUGAAUUGAAGGUCCGGCUGCCCCUUUUUUCAUUUGCCAUUUUGGGAGAAAACACCCUAUUUUCGCAAGCGCGGAGCUCCCAAGGUAAGGGGGACGGAAGGGCGCUGCUGGAGCGCGUCCCACUUUGCGAAGAGCCGCUUCCAGCCCAGGGUGAGGACUGGGACCAAGGCGGACCGUAGCGGGGAGAUUCCUGCACCCUGUUUCCAGCCAGCGGAGUCCUCGCUUUCCCAGCAGGGGCGUGAAGGUAGGGUUGGGCUUGCAGCUCGAUGCGAGGGAACAAAAAAAGCAGCUGUCAGCAGCUGGAAUAGGCGAUGGGACAGUCGGUGGGAAGCGCAGUGUUUAAAGAGAGAAAGGGGAAGUGCCUGAGGUCCCUCGGGAUCAGUCCUCCUUUUCCGUCCUCUUCCCAGAAGCGUGCUGAUCCAAAGUCCUUCUCCGGAGCGUUUUCCUUCAUGAAAAUGAAGAUGGGACGUUAGGAACAUCAGUGUUUACCAGACCGCCUUCAUCGUCUUGUUCUUGCGUUAAUUGUCCUUCGACUGGUAGGGUGGUUAAGAGAAAAAAGCCAGCUUAAUGCAUAGUCAGAAAGCUAAAAAAAAAAAAAGAAAAAAAAAGAAAAAGAAAAACAAAAAAGCAAACCACAGAUAAAUAGGUAAAUAGGCUAACUGUAAGAUAGCGUGUAAAAGGAGGCGGUCUGCGGCGCGACUCCUCCGUAAAGUGCAUGACAAAGCGUCGGCGAAGCUUGUCGCAGGCACUGUGCAGGCUUUCCAGGGUUGCUUUUGCUAGACUUUUGAGUAUCAUAGUUGCAAAGACUCGUAAAUGUUCCGAGAGGCUCUUGGUUUUGGGGUGGGUUUUGGCUUGGUUUUGGGGAUGGUUUUUUUUGUUUGUUUGUUUUUUGUUUGUUUUUGUUGUUUUUUUUUUCUCGUAAGCUGUGACCGCUUGCUUUCCGAAUGGGUUUGUAGUGAUGGAGUUAAUGGAGCUGUUCUUUAUCGUAUAACCUAAAAGGUGUCAAAGUCGUUUGCUCGUCCGUGUUCACAAGCUGAGCCGUAGCGUGAUGCGUCUCUCCGCGGCGGUGUGAUUUGAAGCACUUUUGGUGUGGCAUGUGCAGUUGCUGUGCUGUCUCUUCUUAAUUCCCCCCCCCCCUCACCCAGCGAACCCCCCCCGCAAGGGCGUUCCACCCGUGUUUCGGACACCGAACCAAACCGACUUUGAAACUAGCACUUUACGUACUAGUAGUCACUUUGCUUCUGACUAUAUCGAGCACUGCACUUUUGUAAGUACUAUUAGCACUGAGUUUUGAACUGUUUAUUUCCCCCAGUCUCAAUUUAGCCUCUUAGGCGCGGUGUUAAUUACGUAGAGGCCAUCAGAAGAUAAUUUCGAGGUGACCACUGCCUGGUGCCUGACUUCCAUUACGUAUCCGUUAGCGGUUUUAUAAAUUAGGGAACUUAACCCAUCCAAGCUUAUUUUAACACAACAGAACCGACACCCAAAUCACUGACGUCCAGGCAGACGUGGUGGUUGUAAACUUUGAGGUCAUCAUUGAGGAGACCCAAGCGCGGGGCUUUUAAAAACACCAAAGACACAGGAGAAGUCUCAAAAAGGCAUCGGGAUGGUGCAAGAUCGUCUAAUUGACACUUGGAAUUGAGCGGACCGCAGGACGCGAAGCAGACCCGGCGGGAGAAACGUGGGGCAGACGCUCUAGUUUUUGAUAGGAGACCCCGGUCCGCAUUAGCAGGCUGAGUCCGUGGGACAGCCAAGUUAAAAACCAGUCCGAGAUGCUGGUGUCCGUAAAGACUGCGCUCAAGCCAUUGCAAUAAAAGCCAUCAUUGUGCCUGUACUGAGCGUGCUGUUGAGACUGAUCGUGGGCUUAAACUUAAAAAAAGGUAUUUUUAAGUAAAAAGACUCGCAGAUGAUUUAGAAGAUGGAGCAUAAUAACCACGGGGUUUGCCGUUGAAUUUCGAACGCGGUGUUAGGAGUUGAUCAGGCCUCGUGUUAGGAGGCAAUUCAGAUGUCUAUUGCUAUUCUUGUUAAAUUCCUGUGGUAUUUCAGUACAGAUGGUCGGGGACCAGAGCUCCCCUGCCAGCAAGAAAUCCGUAGGGUGGAGCUUGUAGUAAACGUAGUCAUCAAUCUCUAGGAUUUGAAAUGGGAUGAUGAUCCCUGGGAUGCAGAAUAAUCGGGGUUUUGAUGUCCCAAACCGUCCCCUCUCAACCCACCGAUGGUGUUUCGCUUCUUUCAAAGCCCUCGUGGGUUUUCCAUGGCAGCAAAUAAAUCACGGUGGUCGCGAGAGUUCUGCGUUUCCUUCAAGCUGGGGUACCUGCCCUGGGGACUCCUGCUCGUCCUCCUUGACGAGCCAAUAAUCGAUCCAAGUCCUUCUCUGGCAACACCCCUUGAUGGGAGUUUCUCCCCGGUGACACUUGAUGGAUAAACCCCUCCGUUCCAGCAUGAUCAGUUCGAACAGAGAGAAGUGAAUUAGGUCUUCUCCUACACUGCUAGCACGUGGACGUGGUGGAAAUCGCCUUCAGCAACCAAAAAUAUGGGUGUGUUGGGGUUGCUUGUUGCAGCAGAUGAAGGAUUUUCCCCCACCAGCUCCAGUCGCGGUGGCUGGUUUUGCUUGGGUUCAAUUCAGGCUUCCUUCUUUGAUAGACCUUCAUGGGUUUGGGUAUUUGGUGGGAAUUGAAGGUGGUUAAAAAGCGCAAACCUUGAGCAGCCCCAAGUGUUACGCUCUUACAUCCUCUAUAGUCGCAUUUAAAAAUGGAAACGUAAUAGAAUCCAGAUUUUUUCCGUUUUUUUUUUUUUUUCUUUCUCCCCCCAGCCCAAUUAACCCUGCAAAUUUAGCUGUAAUGAAAUAGCGCCUGGCGAUGUUGCUGCUAUAUCUGAGCCCUCCCCCCACCCCCCGCCAAAACGAUAGCGGCCGAGGGGACAGCCUCUUCAGAAAGCACCUCGGUGACUCGGAGCCUACGUCCUGCUCACUGUCACGAGGAUAUAGGCGAACCCUUUGGAAAUUUCACCCCCCCGGCGAGCUCACCGGUCUCCUUGUGUCCUUGGAAAUUAAGCUCGCGAGAAAGGGGGGACAGGGAAGAUGUUUUGUUUUUUUUUUAUUUUCCCCUGUAGGUGUAGUUUUUUUGCCCCUUGGAGCUGGCAUCUCAUCCUUUGGGAGGGUUAAAAAAAAAAAAAAGAAAAAGAAAAAGAAAAAAACAAGGCGUUUUCUCCUGCAUGUGCCCCAAACGCAAAGCCUAGCACAGCACCUCUUGCUUUGGAAGGACCUUUUAGGCAGAAAAGAGCUCUUGUUAGGGAUUUUUGGGUUUUAAGAUAGCUCAUGAGAAGCGCAUUGUGAUGGCACACAGGCGAUGUUUUACCGACCUUUUCUUUUCUCUCCAAGAGAGACUUUUUAAUUUGCUUCGGUAGUUUAGCGUUCGUUUCCUUCCAAGUCUUUUUGGACCCAUGCAAAUGCCCUUGAAAUGAGUCAAGUUUAUCAAAACAGAUUGUGCAUUGCAGGAAGCAGUCUCAAAAGGCGCACACACCCAUGCACCUAUCCAGGUGUUAUGCGCAUGUGUGUUCGUGCGCGUAAACAUAGAGAUAAAUCUAUUAUUUCCCCAACUGUUCCUUUUUUUUUUUUUUUUUUUUUGUUUGUUUUUUGGGUUUGUUUCCCCCCCGCCCCUCCACACCCCCCCCCCCAGGAUAUUAACCAAAAGGUGUUUUAAAUCAUGGCAUGAAAACUCCUGAAUGUAAAUCUGAGUACCUUGUGAUGCUAAUUAACAGGUUUUUCUGAAAACUUUAUGUGAUGCUUAAUAUUUUUUCUUAGGAAGUUCUGUUUAAUGUUAGAUCAUUGUUCUGGAGGAUGUUGGUCCUACUGGCAUUAAACUAAUGGAAAUAAAAUGCAUGUGUUACAAGUGUAGAAACGGUGAAGAAUUAAGUGUGAACUUACUGUACGAUACUGAUUCUGUUUUCAAACAAUCUGUUUUGCUGUUCAAUAGUUGACAUAUGGAAAUGCCAAUGUACUGUAAUUUAGCACUUUUCCAAUGGACCCUGUUCUCACUACGCCCGAGGGAAGACGUGGGGUUGGCUUGGGGCUGUCCGAGCUCAACCUCUGAACCCUUUCUGCGCGUUUCGGCACCAGAAUUGAUCCGGGGGAAACUCAAAUUUGAGGUUUUCCCAUGGGUUCAGCGGCUGGCGCGGGGGCAGAGGGGCGGUGGCUCUCCUAAUUUCCCUGGCCAAACCGGCACAAUUUGGGUGAAAACCUCGCUGCGGAUGGACUGGAGGCAUCCCGGUCCCCCAGCGCAUCCCCCCUCCGGGAGCCAGGCUUGGGGACAAGUUGUCUGAGCUGGGGUGGGAGGGAGGCGCUUCUGAAAAGCAGCCGAAGCAAUCGGCGGACCCUGGAAUUAAAAAGGCAGAAAAGGGUUAAAUUACCAGCCACCUCCCUCCAUCCCAAAGCCUCCUUUCCUAGUGUUAACAGGGUGCAAAGUGUUACUUGUCAUGUACUGUACUGAAAGGGUUAAUUGAUCAGUGACUGUAUUGUACUGUAUGAAAACUCAUGAAUUGCCUUGUAUUGUUUCUAAUGGACUGUACCAUGUCCCCCCCGCAAACCACCACCACCACCCCCCCCCAGUUCCCAACCUGGCCCCAGGUUUUUUUCCAAAUGACGCAUGUUAUCAGUUAGGUCCUCCAAACUCUCUGGUGCUAACUCUUCCGUAUCCGAUGGUGCUUCUGGGGAUGCUAACUGACGACAUGCCGAGCCAGAGCUUGAAGUUCACAACGUCUUUCUUUGUCUGUUUGUAUGAAGUCCACACACACACACACACGCUCACGGGAAAAAAAAAAAAACCACAAACAAACAAACAAAAAAACCCACAAAAAAAAAAGCGUGAUAAACUUGAAUUUGUUUCAAAGCAUCAUUGACAAUCUAAUGUUUUCUAUGUCUGCUUUUAUUUUGGGAUGGCUUUUCUAGAAAGCAGCGCGCCAGCACCUUCGAGCCGGGAGGGGAUUUCAUCCCGUUCACGCCGCGGCAGCUCCUCCUCCGGCAUCGGAGGUGAGCUGAUCCCUCGCUGGCUCUUCAGGCUCUGCCACAGGAGGUCGAGCCAUCAGGAGCCAGCGAGGAAGAGGAGGUGCCUUCAAAGAUGCCCGACCUUGAAAAGCAGCUGGCAUCCCCAGAGCCGGUAGGUGGGUCUCAGAAGGGAUGAACCUGCCCCUUGCUCUGUGGCAAGAGUUGGCUUUUUAUGAGAAUUGGGAGCAGAAAAUUGGAGACGAGGGGGAGUCGGAGCUCCCAAAGGCACGUCCAUCUCCUCUGGCAUCGCUCAUCUCUGCUGGCAGAGGAGCUGCCUCCCGAGCCUGAGGUUUUUGCGGGUGACACACACCUCGGAUGGUGUGAACGGACCCGUCCCCUCCCAACCUCCCUCCGACGCGAGCUGCUUUUUGGACAAAAUAAAAUCUGACUAUAUUUUAUAUUGAUUUGAAAACAAAGUCUGAUAUUUACCCCUGUUCUCAACCGAAUUUGCAUAUUGUUGUUUGCCACGAUAUUUGUUCCGUCUUAAAAUAAAUUUGCUUACUUGUGUAGUCUUAACUGUCUGCUCUGAUUCUGAUCACCGGAUUUAUCGCCACCCCAAGGUGCCCGCGCGGCGGCUCUCCUUUGGGCGCUUUCCGUGAAGGCGAGAAGGAAAUCCGUCUGCCUGGGAGGGGAAAUCAUUUCAGCUGAGACUCAGGCUAUAAAUGUUUUUCUCUUGGUUAUCUCGCAUUCAUCUCCAUGGGGCUUUUCAAUUUGACAUCCUUUUAUUUUUCCCCUCAGUCUUUCUUCAUCAGACCCUUCUAUCCAGUAGGCGCCCAACAGAGGAACGGCCGUGCUUCAGCCCGCUUAAUUUAAGAGAUUAUUAAGUUGUUGCUAACGCGUAUCUCGAGGGUAAAAGUCAUUUAUUUAUGGCCGGGAGCUCGCUGAGAGCAACGAGCAGCUGAAAGCUGUGGGCAUUGGCACCUUAACACCGGUUCGGUCCUACCGUGAGCGGGGAGUUGGCAUCAGUCGCCGGAGACAUCGCGGCGGAAGGCAGUGCCCUCGAAAGGCUGGAAAUCCAAUUUGCACAUGCGUUUCCAGGGACGUAAUCGAAUCAAGCCAGCGGGUUCAAUAAGAGGAAUAAACAAAUGCUCCAGGU